CUCCGUUCGGUUCAGAUCUCUGCACCACCAGCAACCGAUGGCUUCGCGAAACGGCCGAACCUCAUACGAUCUGUGCAAUCCAGACAUUUUCGAAGUUCGCAAGCUGCGAUGCCCGCCAAUUUUUGCAGUUUGGAGGUGCCUCCCUCGCCCGUCCGAAACCAGCGCACAAGGGACCGAACUGGGGGAGUGCAAACGUCGUGGGGCUCCAGGUUUCUGUGCCAAGAAACGUACCCGCCUUGGAUCCAGCAACCAUCUAGUUUUGGGCAUGGGGAGCAGCAAAGGAUUACGGUUUCUAAUUUCCUGCCUGCUUUUAGGGACAGGUCUUGCUGUGAGGAUAAACGAAGAUGGGCAUAAAAUCAUUUAUCUGCCUAAAGGGGAGUCCGUGAAAUUGGGGUGCCCUUUUUCUUCAGACCCUGAAGAUAACACCCCGGAAAACGACUGGGACAUCCAGUGGAAGCAGGUGAAACCUGGAGUACAUCCCCAGUACAACCCGCUCCUGGGUUAUCACGACCACCGUAUCAUCUACCCGGGACCCCCUGAUCUCCAGAAACGAGUGGGGUUCAUCUCCUCCGACCCCAGCCUCUACGAUGCCUCCAUGCAACUCCGGGAUCUGCAGAUGAGCGAUUCCGCCACGUACGAAUGCACGGUGAAGAAGACCACGGAAGCAACUCGCAAAGUCACCAUCACCGUUCAAGAAAAACCAGCCAUGCCCCGCUGUUGGAUCAUCGGCGAGGUCGCCUAUGGGGGAGACAUCACUCUCCGUUGCUUCACUUCGACGGGAACCCCGCCGCUCAGCUACCACUGGUCCAUGGCCAGUGGCAAUUACCACGAUUGGAUGCCCUCCGCAAGUGUCAUUCCAGGGGAUCUCCAGAUCCACGACCUGUGCGAUGACCACGUGGGGACCUACCAAUGCAGCGUGGGCAACAACGUGGGCGUGGCUUAUUGUUCGGUGGAAAUUCAGUUCGGAGGAGGUUGGAGCAGAGGCUGGAUCAUCACGGGCGCCAUCAUCAUCGCGCUGCUCAGCAUGGCCCUCAUCAUCGGGGGCGUCAUCUGGUGCUGCUGGUGCUGUUGGGGCAAAGGCGGGGGCUGCUGUGGGGACCAGUGCCCCAGCUGCUACUGCGGGAAGGAGUAUUGCUGGGACUGUUGCUGUAACUACGGCUCCGAGACCUCCGAGAAGCAUCAGCAGUACUCCCAGACCAAGGCCAGCGACAUCUGUGUGGAUGCUGACGCCCCCCCCAGCCGACCCUGCAGCCAGGUCAUCAGUCGGGCAAGCAGCCUCCACUCCUUGCUGGGCUAUCAAACGAAGGGCGUCUCGUACCCUCAAGGCCGCAAGUACACCCCUCCCAUCGUCCAGGUCAAGAUGAGCUCACCUCCGGACAGUGAUGUCAGCGUGGUCCUGCCUCUCGAAAUCCCUUCGCCCCCUGAUUCGGAACAAGGGGAGGUCUCCGAGCCUUACUACCCCCCCAAAGGGAGCACCGUGUACUCUGACCCAGACCCCUGCUGCGAACAGAUCAAAGUCGAUAAUGUCAAAGGCUCCCGAUCCCAAAUCUACUGCGAUCCACAUAAUUACACCUCGGCUUGCUCGGAUCCCACCGGGCUUCGUUGGAAGGAUGGAAACAGCCGGCAGUAUAAGAGUGCGGUGCUGAUGAUGCGCUCUUCCAGCAGGGAUGGUCUUUUGAUAUGAG